CCUUCCACUGUACGCCUUCCACUGUACGCCUUCCACUGUACGCCCGCCAAGAGAAGUGCCGAGGAACCGAGAGUAUCAAUCAGUCGGAGCGAAAAAGGGAGGACUGGUUUUGGGGGGGAAGGAGGGAGAGUAGGAAGGGAAAGAGGGAAAAGGGAAAGAGGGAAGAGGGAAAGAGGGAAGAGGGAAAAGGGAAAGAGGGAAAGGGGAAAGAGGGAAAGAGGGAAAGAGGGAAAGAGGGAAAGAGGGAAAGAGGGAAAGAGGGAAAGGGGGAAAGAGGGAAAGAGGGAAAGAGGGAAAGAGGGAAAGAGGGAAAAGGGGCAACGGGAAAUAGAGAGAAAGGGAUAGGGAAAGGGAAAGGAGAAGAUAGGAGGACGGAAAAAAGAGAAAGAGAGAGAGAAAGAGAGAGAAAGAGAGAAAGAUGAGGUUUCUCUGCCUCCAUGGCUUGGGGUGUAAUGCCGAUAUCUUCGAGGCCCAAACUGCCCAGAUCCGCGAACAACUAGGCGACAGCCACACCUUCGAUUUCCCAGAGGGCGAAUACGAUAUCCCCGCUCCCAAAGAAAUAACAGCAAUCUACCCACCCCCCUACCUCUCCUGGCACCCCCCGCACACCCUCGACACCCACAUCGCCCAAGGCCUCCUCGACAUCCGCACCUACAUCGCCGACAACGGUCCCUAUGACGCGUGCCUCGGUUUCUCUCAGGGUGCUGUGAUGCUCGCUUUGUUACUACUCGAAGAUUCCGCCGCCUCUCUCAAAUCCGCCAACUCCAACGGCUCUUCCACCAACGGCUCCUCCAACGCCUCCUCAACCCCCCACAGCCUGCCCUUCCAACUAGCAAUCUUCCUCUCCGGCUCCCUCUACCCCUUCGCCAUUCCCCUCCUCUCACUUGGCGCACAGAUCAACAUCCCCACAACCCACGUCUGGGGCGGGAAACGCGAUUACGUGACUACCAAUGGCGCGGGGGAGGCGCUGAGGGAUGCGUGUGCGGCGGAGGGGAGGGUGGUGGUGGAGCAUGGGGAGGGACAUGUUGUGCCGAGGGGGGGAGGGGGUGUGAGGGCUGUGGUGGGGGGGUGGAGAAGGGGGUUAGGAGGGCGAUAUAUAAGAGUUAGAUAUGGGGGGGAAGGGGAUUAA